UAUUUUUUUUUUAUUUUUAUUCUCGCGUCUUGGUCGUCGACACGAAUUACGAACAUUUCUUAAAACGACAUAAAAACUAGUUAAUUAACGCGAUUAUACAAAUAUACACAAGCAACAAGUAUACGAAAUAUUUUUAGUGCAAGUGAUAAUGUGGGGAAGUUGAUGAUUAUGCAGCACCAAUCAAACAAAUAUUUAUAACAAUGGGCUGUGCCAAAAGCAGAAACCAACAACUCCCAUAUAAAAAGUAACGCAUACACAUAAGCAGAAGAAAAAGAAAUAAAUAAUACUACACAAAUAGAAAAAAUAUGCAAAGCGAGUAUGAAAAACAAUAUCACUUUCAUUACUAGCAAAUAAGGGGAUAUUGUUACGCACUUCUAUAGAUAAAUAGACAACGUAGAGUUAAUCCAUAUACAUACAUGCAUACAUUAACGUUUUCAAACUUCAAUUAUUAGAAUGGAUAGGAACAGCUCCAAACUGGGUAAUACGGAGAAUAAAGAAGCCAACAAGAAUGAUGCAACUGCGACGACGACCAUCAUCAACACCCCCACAAUCACUACCACCACCACCACCUCCACAACAAAAGACAUCACAACACCUAUGAAAGGUGCAGCCUCAGGGGGUAAUACAAAAGAAGGUUCCACCGCCAGUGUUGGCGGUAGCAGUAGUAAAAUGUCAACACCCGCCUCAAAUUCAACAUCAAACCCUACGAACAAGCCGAACAAGGAGCGCAACUCAAAUUCAAAUUCCAUGGCUAUGCAGAAAUAUAAUCCUAACUUGCGUUUCAUACGCCAACAGGUGGAAACGCCGGCUCGCAACAACUCCACAAGUUACUUGGAAAUGGAAACUGAAUUUCCCAGAGACUAUGAUGACAACAUUGAAAUGCUAUCCCGUGAAACGGAACAUUUGGAGGAACAAUUUCGCACGCCCACGCGUACCAGUGGCUCAGAAUUGAAUUCAUUUUUUAUGGUCGGGCCACCCACCUCGGCCUCAACUCGAACCAAUAAGACUACACCUUCUCCCAAAGUUGCCAAAUCCAAGGAUAAUUUCUCCUUCAACGAAACCGAUCAUAUAAAUAAAUCCUAUGGGGUGGAUCAAAACAAUAAAGACAUCAAAGUUUCUGCGAACCACCAAAAUAAAAGUGCCAAACGCGUGGGCUUUAAGGUAGAGGAGAAAAUCGAAAAGCAGGAAGCGGAAUGCAGUAUCAUACCAAUAGGUGUUUCACAAGUGACAAGUGUUUUGGAGAGCCAACGUGCAGUCGCUGAGGAUGGUGAAGGUGCUGGCAUAGAAAAACUGCAAGAGGGCAAGGACCAAGCUAUACCUGUUAUAGCCAUUGAAAGUCCCCAAGAUGAUGAAGCACAAAAAACCGCUGUAGAAGUUCCUAAAUUAUCGAGUACGGUGGCACCUUCUCUAAAUGCACUAUCCUCCAAUGCAUUGCCAACCAGCUCCUCAGCCACCUCGCUGAAAGACGAUGACGACGAGCCAGUGGGUGUAUCGCCCUGUGGCCGUUUUUUUAAGUAUGACAAGGAGGUGGGUCGCGGCAGUUUCAAGACUGUGUAUCGUGGCCUAGACACCGAAACAGGUGUGGCGGUGGCCUGGUGUGAAUUGCUUGAUAAGCAGGUAAAGAAAAGCGAACGCAAACGAUUUCGCGAGGAAGCCGAUAUGCUGAAAAAGCUACAACACCCGAAUAUUGUGCGUUUCUAUACCUAUUGGGAAUUUGGGGUGGCCCGCAAAAAGAAUAUUGUGCUCGUCACCGAGCUGAUGCUAUCGGGCACGUUGAAAUCCUAUCUGAAGCGUUUCAAAAAAAUCAACCCCAAAGUCUUGAAGUCAUGGUGUCGUCAGAUCCUAAAAGGUUUGCAUUUUCUGCACACCCGCCCUCUACCCAUCAUACAUCGCGACUUGAAAUGUGACAAUAUUUUCAUAACGGGCACAACGGGAAGUGUAAAAAUCGGCGAUUUAGGUUUGGCCACGCUUAAAAACCGCUCACAUGCCCGUUCCGUUAUAGGCACCCCAGAAUUCAUGGCUCCUGAAAUGUACGAGGAACACUAUGACGAGUCGGUUGAUGUCUAUGCCUUUGGUAUGUGCAUGUUGGAGAUGGCUGUCUCAGAAUAUCCCUACAGCGAGUGUAAGGGGCCAGCACAGAUCUAUAAGAAAGUCAUAUCUGGCAUAAAGCCGGCCGCCAUGAGCAAAGUGGAGGAUCCCAAGGUCAAGGAGAUCAUUGAGAAGUGUAUUGAGCUAAGAAAGGAAGAUCGACCCAAAUGCAAGGAUUUGCUAAACUCUGAAUUCUUCGAAGAAGACAUAGGCAUACGCGUUGAACCCAUAUCGACGGAGGCUUUUCUAAAUGAUCCCGAAAUUGAGGUGAUUAAUUUUCGUUUGCGUUACUUGGAUCCCAAGAAACGUUCGUCGAAGCACAAAGAAAACGAGGCCAUACAAUUCGAAUUCAAUGUCAAGACUGACGAUUGCGAGCGUGUGUGCGAGGAUAUGCGUUUGGGCAAUAUCAUCACCGAGGAAGACGCACCAGCCAUAGUGCGUUUGCUUAAGGUGCAGGUGUUCUCGUUGAAUAAGGAACGUGUGCAGCGUCAAACACAGUUUCAACUGCAAAACGAAAAAUCUCGUUUGGAAAAGAUUGCUUUGCAAAAGCAAAGGGAAAUGUUACCACUCAAUGUUGAGGAAGAGGAGGAAGAAGAUGAGGGUGACUCGGAAGAAGAUGAGGAUGGCAUAAAAACGGGUAGGCAUCAUCAUCACCAAGGCAAUCCUCAACAGCAGCAGCAAGGGCAGACUCAAAUGCAACAACAAAUGCAGGUUACUCCCAUGCAAGUUCAAGUGGAGGAUUUAAACCAACAACAGCCGCAGCAGCAACAAAAUUAUAUGCAAUUUCAGCCGCAGACUGCAGAUGAUCAGGGUAUGUCCCCAACCACACUGAAUUCACAGCCUCAAUUCUAUAGUCCCUCAAUGCCAGCGUCCAAUCAACAACAAUUUAGCCAACAACCACAACAGCAGGAGUAUUUUCCCAUACAGUAUAACAACAUGCCCCAAAAUGUAAUGCAACCACCACAGUCGUACUCUACACCUCAACAGGAUAACAGUUGCCAAGGACAAAACGCCCAGUCCAUAACAGCCUCUAACCAGCAUAACCUAAAUCAUCAGCAUCAUCAGCAAAUUCAAGCUCCAACUUCCAACACGUAUGAUAAUAUGAAUAACUCUGGCCAAGAGCAACACAAUGGUAUCAACGCCAACGAGAUAAAUACGCAUCAACCACAACAACAACAUUUCAUACAAGGAGAACAAAAUUAUCAACUAAAUGGAAACAACGAUAUUAGUAAUCAACACCUAAACGCUCAGUCUCUCUAUGAAAUGGCAGCAGCGGCUGCAACUACAGCCUCCCAUGGCUAUGAUAUGAACAAUCAGAAUAUGAAUGUUUCCAGAAUGUAUGAGUCAAGUGAGCAAAAUGUCCAACAGCCAACACAGAAUAGCCAUCAUCAACAGCAGAACAACAUCCUUGUUAAUGGCAACAAUGAGUAUCAUCACCAACAACAAAUACCCCAAGUUAAUAUUACUAAUGUGGACAACAACAACACGAUACAGCCUAAGGACUUCUCCUCUCAGGAAACCAACAAUUUCUCCAACAUCACAAAUUCUUCCGCACAAGAUGUCGUCAUUUCCAGCAUUGAUUUACCCAAUGCCAAUGACUAUAAUACAUCCAAUGGGCCAAGUUCUGGAGAAUCUGGUGUCUAUACAAACUCGCAAAUGCAACAACAGUUAACGCAUGAUGCAGUUUCAUCAACACCGGUCUCAUCGUCAACGGAAGAUUACGGCAGACGACAACAGAACAAUACGGCUAAUUCGUCACGCAAGACUAGCACAGCCUCGGAAUAUACAUCACUCUCUUCGGAUUAUUCGCCUGACAGUACGAUAACUAUGAAUUCCAUGAGUUCAGGUGGGCAACCGCAAAGAAGUUCCAGUCAGUAUUUCGAUUUAAAUGAGAAUGGUGUGAUCAAUGAAUGUGCCAGAGAUAUGCGGAAGGAUGACAGUGGCAUAGGUAGCAUUAAGAAUGGUCUUAGCUCUGACAAAGUGUCACCACCUAGGGAAAAUGUCAAUGGCAAUGCGAAAGCGAGUGCGAAUGAAGGCAAUAAUAACACUGGCAGCAAUCCCACUCCCAUGGUAAGAAAAAUAUCUAGAUUUUAUGUGAAUCCCGUUAUAUUGCCCAGCAGUGGUAGUGUUGCUACUGUGGGGCCACCUCCGUCGUCUUCGUCUUCGACCUCGACCUCGACCUCAAACAUAGAACCUAUACCAGAAAAUAAUGAUGGAGCUAGUGAAAACAGCAAUUCCAAUGAAAAUACUGCCUCAGAAUCCAUGGGUUCGACAGCAGCUACAAAUGGCAAUGCCAACAACAAUUCAUUGGAACAAUUGAAAAUUGAAUUGGAAAAUAUAACCCAUGCCCAGGCAUUUGCUUCGGCCAUAGUGGCAUCCAUUAAUAAUGAUAAUAUACAGCAGCAACAACAACAACAACAGCAGCCACAUGCUUUGGUUGUAUAUCAGGAUGAAGAGCCAAUACCUAACACAGCUCCCUUAAGCUCUACACGCACAUCUUCAACCUACAAUUCAAGGAGAACCUCUUUGGACAACAGUGGUUGUAGUGAAUUACAAAAUGUUCUAACAAAUAUCAUUGAGUGCAAUGAUAAUUCAGAGCCACAACAGCACACAGAAGCAACAACAACAACAACAAAUGGAGAGACCGUAUCUAGGCCCUCACAAGGCAAUGAGCAACAUCACAGCCAAAAACUUUCAAAUUCCAAUAGUUUGGAUUUGCCCAAUGUGCCACAAAUAACUUCGGGUGGAAGUGUGGAUUCCACCAUAACGAGUAAUUCAAUACAACCUCGUACAGGAGGCGGUGGUGGUCUUACCCAAAACUCCAUAGCUGAUUUAGAAAAGAAGUUGGCUGCUCUCCGAAAUUCUGAGACAUCCGAUGAAUCACAAAUUUCACAACAGCAGCAACAACAAGUGGCAACACAACAGCCACAACCUAGCCAAAUGGAUACACAGCAAGUAAAUACAAACCAACAUCAACAAUCAAGUGAAAAGGAUGUGGGAUCACGUAGAGUAUCUCGUUUUUGUGUCAGUCGAGUGCAGGAACAAAAACCGCAAGAACAACAGAAGCAGCAACAACAGCAACAGGGGCAACAAACACAUCAUAUGGAAAACCCUCAACCACCCUUGACCACAGAUAUUACAGCAAUUUCAACUGGAGUUACAAUGCCAUCUAAUGCGGAUACUCAAAGCAACAUACAGCAGAGUUCGAAUGCUAUCACCAACAAUAAUGCCGCUACUAAGCCCAAAAGAAAAUCUCAUGAUACUUCCAUUGAGCAUUUGCUACCGAAUACGAAUUAUCAACAAAUGGCCAUAGCUGCAAAUGCAAAUGCAAAUGCAAAAGCAGCUGCAGCAGCCACAACCGCAACAGCGGUAGUUUUACCUCUACAAGAUCCCUCGGCACAGCCUCAAGUUCUUUAUAAUCAACCGGUGGCUGUGCAAUUGCAACAGCAUAUUCAACAACAAAUUUCUAGAACUGCAGUGCUACAGCAACAAAUCCCUGCCCCCGCUCAAGUGAUGAUGCAAGUGCCGUCUAAUUUACCAACAAUGCCUAUCCAAGAACCAGUUUUAGCACCAAAGCAAACAAUUUUACAGGCUACUCCACAACAACCAGCCGGUCAACCAGCAAUACAGCAAUUUGUGGUGCAAAAUGUUUCAAAUUAUAAGUACCAACAGCAAAUGGGCUUGCAGCAACAGCAAAUGAUCUCCGAUAAGGCAUCAAAUAAUCAGAUGCUGCAACAACCACAACAACAAAUCAUGCAACACCAAAAUAUGCAGCCGCAACCACAACAACAAUUAAGUUUGCCAUUUAUAACGCCACUAGGCCAUCAGCAGAUGCAGCAAAUGCCGCAGCAAACAAAUGUGCUGCAGCAAUACCAAUAUGUUGCUGCACCCCCCCAAACACAAAUGUCCAAUGAACUGGUUGAGAAUCCAACACGUUUAGCCAUGUCCAACCAGCAAGAUGAGCCUAUGUCAUUGGCCGCCACACAUCCAAAUUUAUUGCCUACAGUCAUACAAUCGGAUAUAAAACAUAAUUUGGAUUCCCUGGUCAGCCAAUUGUGUAGCACCCGUUUGGGUAGCACUCAGCACCAGCGUUUGCUGCUACUGCGUCAACGACAAUUGAUCGAAGAAGAUGAGCUGCGGCUGAAACAUUAUGUUGAGUAUGAGAAAUUCCAAAAGGCCAUGCGACAGACCACCAAUGAUGUUGUUCAUCCACAGCAGCCGUAUCUUUAUAUACAACCCACCACCAUAAACCAGCAGGGUUACAUUAAUUUUGGCAAUAGUCUAAUGGGCCAUCAUGGAGCGGCAGCUGCUGUUGCACAACAACAUCAGCAGCAACAGCAGCAGCAGCAACAACAACAACAGCAACAGCAUAUACUAAAUGCCAACACCACUCAAACGCAAACAGCCAUGUCAGCAUCUGUACAAGGUUAUGCAGUAAUGCUCAAUCCCCACCAACAGUUGUCCAUGGCUCCUCCGCAACAACAAAUUGCAGGGCAAAUGACCGCAAUCCAACAACCGCAACAGUUUAAUCAACAACUGCAAUUGCAGCAGCAUCAACAUGCCCACCAACAACAACAAGAGUUCCAACACCAUCAACAACAACAGCAGUUAUUGCUGCAACAACACCAACAACAAUUACAUCAUCUUCAAGCCAUCCAAGUUAUACAGCCACUAUCAAAUCCUAAUCCUCCGAGACAGUCUGAUAUGAUGCCAACAGACGUUGUCACACUUCAAAAGGGUGACAGCGCACAACAACAGCAACAAUAAUAAAAAAACGCUCCAAUGCAAAGCACCGUUAUAUUUUUAAAAAUAGUCUUCUCUAUACAAAGAAAUAAAAACCACACACAAAACACCAGCACGCACACACAAACACACACACACACCCACAUGUGAUACCCAGUUGUACACAAUAAUUAAGAAUAUUUAUGAAUGUAAAAUCUUGUAAAAAAAAUUAUAAAUAAAAAAUCAACCUGUAUGUAUGUAUAUUUAUGCAAA